AUGUCGGACCUCGCAACUUCAUCAACACCAACGGCCGCCCCCACUAACUCGGUCGACUCGGACUCGAAAGGGAAACGCAAGGCCUCCACUGCCGGUCUCUCCGCCAACGCCCGGCCGGUAAAACGCCGGGCGAAAUCCCGCGUGGAAGUGGACAACUCCCACCGUCAGCUGUCGCAGUCCCCUGCGGACCUCUCGGAAGAUGGUGGAAACCUCUUCCGGAGGCUCAGCGAAUGCAAUGGGAUGCCGGACGUCGCGCCGGCCUCUCCCUCGCAGCGGUCCGUAGAUCUGGACCAGGGGCAACAUAUGCCGCAUCUGUUAUACCAAAGUCAGGUCAACCGAAUUGGGGCUGGUGAGCAAUUCCGCAGACGAAUGGCUCCCAACCCGGCCGUCCGGGCGACCAUGCCGCUGCAGAAUGUCACUUCGCAGAUCCAGCAGCUGCUGGAUCCGACCUUUGCCAAUGUUCGUUCCAGCGGGGUCGUUCUGCCUGAUUACAUCCGAGGAUUGCCUCAACGACUACAGAAGGAGGACAUUGAGUAUCUGGCGAUGAAGGGCGCAUUAACCGUCCCCGACGUGGGCCUUCGCAACGAGCUGCUCAAAGCUUACAUCCACUACGUGCACACGUACAUGCCACUGCUCGACCUGGAGGACUUUCUACAGACCAUUGUGCAGAAUGACGGCAUCCGCCGCAUGUCUCUCCUUCUCUUCCAGGCGGUCAUGUUCGCCGGCACCGCCUUUGUCGACCUGAAGCACCUGCACGCCGCCGGAUACUCCAGCCGCAAGGCGGCCCGCAAAGCGUUCUUCCAGCGUGCGCGACUGCUGUACGAUUUCGACUACGAAGUCGACCGGAUCUCGCUCGUCCAAUCGCUCCUGCUCAUGACGUACUGGUACGAGACCCCCGACGACCAGAAGGACACCUGGCACUGGAUGGGCGUCAGCCUGUCGCUGGCCCACACGAUCGGCUUGCACCGCGACCCCGGCAACUCGCGCAUGGACGCCCGCCGCCAACGCAUGUGGAAGCGCAUCUGGUGGAGCACGUAUACGCGCGACCGCCUGAUCGCCCUGGGCAUGCGGCGUCCCAUGCGCGUCAAGGACGACGACUGCGACGUGCCGAUGUUGACGCUCGACGACUUUGAGUUCCACCCGUUCUCGCCGGAAAUUGUCAGCAUGGUCGGCAACUCGGAGAUCCUCCAGGACGUCAGCCACCAGAAAGAGCUGGCGCUGAUGUUUAUCGAGAAGGCCAAGCUGUGUCUCUGUGUCAGCCACGUGCUGUCGGCGCAGUACUCGGUGCUGAGCCAUAAAUUCGGUGGCACCAUGGAGACGACCAUGAUGCUGGUGCCGAAGAAGUCGGCCGCGGAGACGUUCGAGGUGCGCCGUUGCGAUCAGGAGCUGGAAGACUGGCUGGCCCAUCUUCCGGCCGAGAUCCAGUACGCGCCGGCCGCGCCGGCGAAGCUGAGCGAGGCGCAGGAGGUGCUGCAUUCGCACCGGGCGUUGCUCAAGAUGGUCUACCUGACGACGUCCAGCGCGCUGCACCGUCCGCAGGUUCUGCCGGCGAUUCCGUUCCCCUCGACGGACACCGAGCUGCAGGAGAUUUCCCGCAACAAGGUGCGGUUUGCGGCGGUAGAAAUCACCAACAUCGCGCAGGACCUGCACAGCCUCGACCUGACGAGGUUCUUCCCCACGACCGGGGUAACCGUUCUGCUCCCCGCGGUGAUCAUCCACCUCCUCGACAUCAAAUCCAGCGACCCGAACGUGCGGAUGACGAGUCUGCAGCGCUUCUACCAGUGCAUGCGGAUUCUGCAGCGUCUGCGGGAGAUCUACGCGUCGGCAGAUUUCGCCACUUCGUUCCUGGAGGCCGCCAUCCGCAAGGCCGGCAUCCAGCUGACGGUUGCGCCGAACGACGUGCACACGCGUGCUGGAGCUAGCACGACCGACGGCGGCGCCUCGCGCGUCAACACGCUCACGCCGCCGCCGGAUUCCCUGGCGCAGAAGAUCCCGGAUCUGACGUACCCGAAGCCCGAGGGCAACGGCGUUGCCGGGUCCUCGGCGCAGGAGCCGCUGUUCGCCUCGACACCGCCGCCGUCAGACGGCAGCGAAAACGGCAGCACCAACAACAUCAACCCGAGCUACGCGCAGGACGCGUUCAGCAUCCCGAACCUGGACGCGGAUCUGAGUCUGAGCGAGCUGAUGGACCUGGCGAAUGACGCCGAGGUGACGCAGAACGACUUUGACGCGCUGAUCAACUUUGACGACGCGGGGGCCGACUUCUUCACGGCGGACGAUGGGGCCAACGGCAAGGGUCUCGGCUUCGGCAUGAUGCACAACGUGCCCGAUAUGGGGGAUCUGGCGACGGAGGCCCCCCGAGCCGAGGUUGAUUUGGAUGCCGAACUGGGACUGAACCUGAACUAA